CCGCUUCUCAUCCAUUUCAGACUUCCAGCCGCCCGAAAAUUUAUGGGCGGAACGAAAGCACCCCCAUAACAUGCCGUAACAAUGAGACACAGCAACCACACAAAUUUGCAACUCUGCCACUGCCAUGGUCGACUUCCCCAAGUCUCUCUCGCCGAAGCGAGUCCUGAAGCUCCUCAAAGCCGAGAAGAACCCUCAUUCCGCACUCGCCCUGCUCGACUCAGCGACCCGCCACCCGAACUACAACCACUCCCCCGACGUCUUCCACCACAUUCUUCGUCGGCUCGUGGACCCGAAGCUCGUCGUUCACGUCGAGCGGGUGGUCGAGCUGAUUCGGACCCAGAAAUGCAAGUGCCCCGAGGACGUGGCAUUGACGGUGAUCAAAGCGUAUACGAAAAACUCCAUGCCCGAUAAAGCGUUGGCCGUGUUUCAGCAAAUGGAAGAGAUUUUUGGGUGUGCGCCCGGCGUAAGGUCGUACAAUUCGCUGCUGAAUGCGUUCAUUGAGUCGAACCAAUGGGACCGAGCUGAGAAAUUUUUUGCUUAUUUCGAAACGGUGGGUUUGGAGCCAAAUUUGCAAACUUAUAAUGUUCUGAUCAAGAUUUCGUGCAAGAAGAAGCAGUUUGAGAAGGCUAGAGGGUUGCUGAAUUGGAUGUGGGAAAAGGGUUUGGAGCCUGAUGUGUUUAGUUAUGGGACUUUGAUCAACGGGCUUGCGAAAGGUGGGAACUUGAGUGAUGCAUUGGAGGUGUUUGAUGAAAUGUUUGAGAGAGGGGUUGGUCCUGAUGUGAUGUGUUAUAAUAUUUUGAUUGAUGGUUUUUUCCGGAAAGGCGAUAGUGUGAGUGCCAAUGAGAUUUGGGAGAGGUUGGUGAAGGACUCAGAGGUUUAUCCUAAUAUUGUUACUUAUAACGUUAUGAUCAAUGGUUUGUGUAAAUGUGGGAAGUUCAGUGAGAGUUUAGAGAUAUGGAAUCGGAUGAAGACAAAUGAUCGAGGGCCUGACUUGUAUACUUGUAGUUCUUUGAUUCAUGGGUUGUGCAAAGCAGGGAAUGUGGAUGGGGCUGAGAGAGUUUAUAAAGAGAUGGUUGAUAAAGGGGUUGUUCCGGAUGUGGUUGUCUAUAAUGCAAUGCUCAAUGGGUUCUGUAUAGCAGGGAAGACUAAAGAGUGCUUUGAGCUGUGGGACAUGAUGGAGAUGUGUGGUUGUCGUAAUGUUGUGAGUUAUAACACAUUGAUUAGAGGGUUGUUUGAAAACGAGAAGGUUGAUGAAGCAAUUUCUGUCUGGGGACUAAUGUGUGAUAAGGCUUGUGUUGCAGAUGCCACAACCUAUGGAGUAUUAAUCCAUGGACUGUGUAGAAAUGGGUAUUUAAACAAGGCUUUGCAGAUUUUAAAAGUGGCAGAAAACACAGGAGCUGAUCUGGAUGCCUUUGCGUAUUCGUCAAUGAUUAAUGGGUUAUGCAAGGAAGGGAUACUAGAUGAAGCAGCCAGGCUAGUGGGUAAGAUGGAUAAGUGUGGCUAUGAACCGAAUUCUCAUGUUUGCAAUGCAUUGAUAUACGGGUAUAUCCAAGCUUCCAAACUUGAAGAUGCCAUUUUGUUUUUUAGAGGAAUGUGCACCAAGUUUUGCUCUCCAAAUGUUAUCUCCUACAAUACUCUCAUAAAUGGUUUAUGCAAAGCAGAAAGAUUUAGUGACGCAUAUGUGUUUGUGAGGGAAAUGCUGGAAAAAGGAUGGAAGCCGGAUGUGAUCACAUAUAGCUUGUUAAUCGAUGGCCUUUGUCAAGGCAAAAAGAUUGACAUGGCCCUCAACGUGUGGCAUCAAGCCCUUGACAAGGGCUUCGAGCCUGAUGUAACUAUGCAUAACAUUAUAAUUCAUGGUCUUUGCUCUGCAGGCAAGGCUGAAGAUGCUUUGCAGCUUUAUUUUCAGAUGUGGCGUUGGGACUGCGUUCCAAAUCUUGUAACCUACAACACCCUAAUGGAGGGUUUUUACAAAAUUACAGACUGUGAAAAGGCAUCAGAAAUUUGGGCCUGCCUUCUAAAAGACGGACUACAACCAGAUAUCAUCACCUAUAAUGUUACUCUCAAAGGGUUUUGUUCAUGCAGUAGAAUAUCAGAUGCCAUUAGGUUUUUAGAAAAGGCUUUACGUCUUGGAAUUCUUCCAACUUCCAUUACGUGGUACAUACUUGUUAGGGCAGUGCUAAACAAUGGGACCACUUCAAACUCUUCUUGGGUAUAAAUUAGCGUGGAAGCAAGUUUUAUCUCCAGUUGCUUUUCUUUGAUGUCAUCACAUGCAUCGUUUCAUCUGGGAUCACAUGAUGUGACCUCCAUAGUUUCCUUUUGUUCUCUUGUCAUAUUUUGUUGGCACUGAGAUACUUCAAAACUCCAUGUGUCACGAGAAAAGGUCUGUGGAAAUAUGUCGCUGGGCUAGUCGGUAGGUGCUUGGGAUACUACUGAUGAGGAAUCUGUACAGCAAUAUUAUUCUUCAUGAAGAACAUGCUUUUCUUCUAAAAGUGACAUAAGGUUAAAUGCCAAUUUUAUUGAAUCCUGGAAAAGAUUAGUUGGCAGAAGAAUGAGUUUCUAGAAUUCAGAUCCAAAAUCUUGCUUACCAGGUUUAAUAUCAAUGGCCAUUUAGUUAUCAAUUCUGGGUUGUAUUGCACAUAGUGGGUUUUAUUUAGAACAUAUAGAACGUCGAAGACAUUACUUAUAAAUUUAAAGUCUUGAGGCCUGUCUUAGCAUGAAUUAUAAUAAUUAAAAGCUCAUGAAGCAUCAUAUAUGGUAACUAAGUGCCAUAGGUUUUGGUGAUUGCAGUAAUAUCACCAAGAUCACCUUUUGAUGAUGCAAAAGCAAAGUGGCUUGAUGUAUCAAAUCCAAGGUGUGAGAUUUACUUGGGGUUAUUAAUCAUGCUAUAUUUGUAAUAGGGCAGAGCUCCUGAUGCAGGUUGGAUGCCAUCUUUAAAGUCACUAUUUGGCACACGUGUGGCUUUUGCGAGAUUUGUAUCAUUAACCUUCCUCACCAGAUUCAAUUUCUGCGGCUACUGCUUUCAGAUGACCUGAGAAACCAAACCCACAAAAAUUGCCCCGAGAAAUGCAACUUUUCUCCAAUCAGGUGUUGAAGUGAUGAAAGAGUCGGCAAGUUGUACGAGUAGCAGACCAAUUAGUGCAAGGUAAAUGUUCGUCCUGGUUUCGGAUCCUGCACUUUUUUUGAUUCCUCAAAGGCCUGCAUGCGGCUGUUUAUAUUCUCCAAUAUCUGCUAAUCACAAACGAUUAAGAAUUUAAUCCAAGUUAUCCAACAGAAGUGUAUAGCAAGUCGUGUUUUUUAUCUUUAAUGCGGUGCAUGGAGCAGGAACUUAAAAACAGACCCUGUCGCUGGCUUCAUCCAGGUCUUUGAGAGCAUCUUCUCCAAUCUUGUCAAACUCGGCGUUUGCCUCCUCUCCAAAUUUGGUAAGAUACUCUGACCUUUCAUCCAAAGUAAUCGGCAAGACGGACCUUCUGAGCUUGAAGCAUUGCUAUCCUCACCAGCAACUCUUGCUUGCGAGUGUCGCCUUCAGGAGGGGAAGCAUCUGACUCCGAAUCAGAAUCAUUGGACUUGCUGAAUCGCAAGACGGAAUUCUUGGCGUUGGACAAUCGUCCUGUGUGUAAACUGGCAUGUUUGGUGGGGGUGAAGGAGGUUUGAAUGAGCUUGAGGCCAAUCAUCUUAUCCGUUUUCAGUGCUGGCUUUAAGUUUGGAUAAAGGGGAGAGAGAGAGAGAGAGAGAGAGAGAGAGAGAGAGAGACUUGUACAUCGACAGUUAAAACUGUUGAGAGUGCUUUUUAGCCUCUCAUCUGGCGUUGUAUUAUCCAUUGCUCUAAAAAAGGUGUUUCUUAGACUAAAAAGUUCUUGUUAAAAGAGUGGGAUUUAUCACCUAAUUGUUCCUCUCGUUCUAUUUCUGUACCGAUAAUUGCCAACCGAUGACAUGCUUACUUACCUUGAAUGAGUAGUUGAAUCAUUAUAACGACUAAA